AUGUGGAAGAAUGAGACCUCUCUGACUGACUUAUUCCUUGAAGGGCUAUUUGAUGACUCCCUUGCCCAUGUCUUUCUCUUCUCCUUGACCAUGGUGGUCUUCCUGGUUGGGGUGACUGGCAACUCCUUCACCAUUCUCCUCAUCUGUGCUGACUCCCAGCUUCACACCCCCAUGUACUUCCUGCUCAGCCAGCUCUCCCUCAUAGAUCUGGUGCAUGUCACCACCACCAUCCCCAAGAUGGCUGCUAACUACCUCUCUGGCAGGAACUCCAUCUCCUUUGUAGGCUGUGUAGCCCAACACUUCCUCUAUUUGUCUGCUGGGGGUGCUGAAUGUGUUCUUCUAACUCUAAUGUCCUAUGAUCGCUAUGUGGCUAUCUGUCACCCACUGCGUUAUACUGUUAUCAUGAACAGAAGAGUAACAGUGAUGAUGGCUGCCAUGUCAUGGUUGGGAGGAGCCACAAACUCUCUUACUCACACCACGAUCUUAAUGCAAUUCCCUUUCUGUAGAUCUCGAAAAAUCCGCCACUUCUACUGUGAGUUUCCAGCAGUUGUGCAGUUGGUUUGUGGGGACAUCAGUGUUUAUGAAUCCACACAGUUUAUCAGCACUGUUUUACUUUUCCUUGUCCCCAUCCUGCUGGUCUCUACAUCCUAUGCCUUCAUCCUCCGCAGUGUCAUUCAGAUGCGAUCUGCUGGGAGUAAGAGAAAUGCCUUUGCCACUUGUAGCUCCCACCUCACUGUGGUUUUUCUCUUUUUUGGUGCCUGCAUCUUUUCAUAUAUGAGGCCCAGGACACAGCGAACCCCACUGCAGGACAAAGUUGGUGCUGCUUUCUAUAGCAUCAUCACCCCUUCCUUGAAUCCUCUGAUCUAUACUUUGAGAAAUAAGGAUGUAGCCAAGUCUGUGAGAAGAGUGCUGGGGAGAGACAGCAUCACUCACUGA